AUGUCUUCCAACGGCACCGAAGCAGCCAUCCAGGCCCAGGCCGAGAGCAACCCUCACAAGCGACCCCUUCAAAACAGUCCUCAUGGCAAGCAAGCCCAGAAACCGAGCAAGCGGCAGAGGAAAAAGGACAAGAAGCAUAUCGUGCAGGAGGGUUCACACGAGGAGAUCCUCCUAACCGACGUCCAGAAUUUGCUGGCAUCGCUCAAAGCCUCAGACGAUGCUGCUCCUACAGAAGACGGGGUCUCUGAGACCACUACCCAGGAGACUGCCCUCCCCGAGCUGGGCACCGAGCUUGAGCUGGAAGUAGUCGAGCUAUCCUCUACAGGCGAUGGCCUCGCCCGGAGGAAGGGCGUCCCUGACGAGAAGCACGUCUACGUCGUGCCAUUCUCCAUUCCCGGGGACGUUGUCAAGGCCAGGGUCGUCCGGCACCAUCUCGAAGAGGGCUACACGGCCGCCGAUUUCCUCUCCGUCAUUGCCCCUGCCCCCUAUCGCGACGACGCCCGCAUCCAAUGCCAGUACUUUGGCCGUUGCCCAGGCUGCCAAUUCCAGAUGCUCUCCUACGACCACCAGCUGCGGAUUAAAAGGGAGAUCAUCGUCAAGGCAUACAAGAACUUCUCGGAGCUCCCUCCCGAGCUGGUCCCUACCAUUGGGGAAACCAUCGGUUCGCCACUGCAGUAUGGUUACCGCACGAAGCUCACGCCGCACUUUGAUGGCCCGCCGGGCAUGUUCAGGAAGAAUGUGCCUAAGAAGCCGCUGCAGGCCUGUCCGCCGAUUGGAUUUACGCCUAAGCAUUCCAGGACGGUGCUGGAUAUUGAGGACUGUCCGAUUGCCACGGAGGCGGUCAGCGAAGGGGUUGACUGCCGAGCGGGAGAGAAUGAAGACGGAUCCUCUCCCAAUGAGAACCCUGCUGUCCCAGCCGAAGUAGAGUGUCAACCCGGCCGGGCAAAGGAUGUAUUGGUCCGCAUCGAUACCCCAAGCCACGUCGACUUCAAAACCUGCAUCACCGAUCAGAAGGCCCCCGCCACAGAAUGGAUCGAUAACUUCCGCUUCACCAGUCCCGCGGGUACAUUCUUCCAAAACAACAACUCCAUUCUCUCACCAUUCACGGCGUAUAUCCGCGAGCACAUCCUCCCCCCCCCUGCGGAGGGUCAAAAGCCCAUCCGUUACCUCAUCGACGCCUACUCCGGCUCAGGCCUCUUCACCAUCACGCAAUCGUCCCUCUUCCCCGGAGGCAGCAUCGGCAUCGACAUCAGCGAGGGGUCGAUCCUCUACGCGCGGCGCAACGCCGCCGCUAACGACCUCCCUGAGUCGAGGUGCAGGUUCGUUGCUGCUGACGCGAACGAGCUGUUCAAGUCUGUGUCGGAAUAUGACCCAGAUGAGACAGUGGUCGUUCUGGAUCCGCCCAGGAAAGGGUGCGAUGGGAACUUUCUAAGGCAGUUGCUUCGGUAUGGGCCGAGGAGGGUCGUGUACGUGAGUUGUAAUGUGCAUACACAGGCGAGAGAUGUGGGAGUUUUGGUGAGGGGCGUUGAGGGGGUCAAGCGGAGGUAUACGGUCGAGAGUAUUCGAGGGUUUGACUUCUUCCCGCAGACGGGACAUGUGGAGAGUGUGGCAGUGUUGAAUCGGGUUGAUGAGUAG